AUGGGGUGCUUCAGAGGCACCGUGAAGCCAGAGAACGCCACAGAAACCAAUGUGGUCGAAGCAGGUGACGUGGAGAAGCAAUGCGAAGGAGUGGUUGGAGGAUCUGCAGGAAGCCCUGUGAAAGCCGAAGCGCCGAGAUGUUGUUCGUUGCGAGCCAAGAUUUUGUCCAUCUUGGCGGGUUUCGCCUUGUUGGCUGGGGCCGCAAUAGUCGCGCUUUGGCCGCGUGAUCCUAGCUGGAACCUCACCAACCUGGACGUCUUAGAUGAAUCCGCUUUGAUGUUCUUUGUGAUGGCCUUUGGCAGCGGUGGCUUAAAAAAUGAUACAGCACUUCCAGAGGUGAUUUUUCGUGCAGGGGCCACAUUAGAAAAUCCCAAUUUGAUUGGAGGAACCGCAGCAUCUGGUGACUUCAAAGUACUUUACAAGGACAAGUUACUGGGAGGCGGACAGAGUGAGCCAGUGGCCGUUCCAGCACUUGGGAGUGGCAACGUUCAGGCAGACAUCCGGGUGAAGUUGGACCCUGCCCUUUUUCAAGAGAUCACAACAGAUGUCCUGCAGAAUUCCCUCCACACGAAAGUGAAAGUCAGAGGUGGUGCUACGGUGAAGUCCAUCUUUGGUUUGCAGCUCCACUGCAGGAUGGAGUGCGACAUCGAAGCCUCAGUAGCUGAACUCUUCGGAGAGACGAAACCGGCAGUGGUUGAGAGCAAAAAUUGCGAGACGAGGCGGUGCCCACUCCGCGCAGCCUCUGGAGUUCCGGCAGCCGAACUGGCAGAAGUGGUCUGGGAACCCAGGCUAUGGGCAUUUGGUGACGUUCCAUUUCGAUCCAUUUCGCUUGAUCAGUGCCAAAUGUGCGCUUUAGUUCGGGCAGUUCCGGAGGCUGUAGGUUCUGCCAAGACAGAGAACGCCACAGAGACCAAUGUGGCCAAAGAAGUCGACGUGGAGAAGCAAUGCAAAGGACUGGUGAUUGGAGACGUGCCUGCGAUUUUUGUUGAGAGCACAGAAAGCACGGAGAGCACUGGAGGCACCGUGAAGCCAGAGAACGCCACAGAAACCAAUGUGGUCGAAGCAGGUGACGUGGAGAAGCAAUGCGAAGGAUCUGCAGGAAGCCCUGUGAAAGCCGAAGCGCCGCGAUGUUGUUCGUUGCGAGCCAAGAUUUUGUCCAUCUUGGCGGGUUUCGCCUUGUUGGCUGGGGCCGCAAUAGUCGCGCUUUGGCCGCGUGAUCCUAGCUGGAACCUCACCAACCUGGACGUCUUAGAUGAAUCCGCUUUGAUGUUCUUUGUGGUGGCCUUUGGCAGCGGUGGCUUGAAAAAUGAUACAGCACUUCCAAAGGUGAUUUUUCAUGCAGGGGCCACAUUAGAAAAUCCCAAUUUGAUUGGAGGAACGGUAGCAUCUGGUGACUUCAAAGUACUUUACAAGGACAAGUUAUUGGGAGGCGGACAGAGUGAGCCAGUGGCCAUUCCAGCACUUGGGAGUGGCAACGUUCAGGCAGACAUCCGGGUGAAGUUGGACCCUGCCCUUUUUCAAGAGAUCACAACAGAUGUCCUGCAGAAUUCCCUCCACACGAAAGUGAAAGUCAGAGGUGGUGCUACGGUGAAGUCCAUCUUUGGUUUGCAGCUCCACUGCAGGAUGGAGUGCGACAUCGAAGCCUCAGUAGCUGAACUCUUCGGAGAGACGAAACCGGCAGUGGUUGAGAGCAAAAAUUGCAGCUACAAAUAUUUCUGA